AUGGAUCAUUCACAGCACUCCUCGCCGGGCUACCUCACGCCCUCAUUCCACUACCUCGCUCUCGAUCGCGAGGAAUCAAUCGGGAGAAUAUCCACUACGCCAAUAUUGCAUCAAAGGAUCAGCCGUGUCAAACGACCACAUACAAAGUCGCGUCGUGGCUGCUAUAGUUGCAAGAGCCGAAGGGUCAAGUGCCAGGAAACAAAACCAGCAUGCGCCAACUGCAUUCGCAAAGAUAUAGACUGUCACUAUCCAGACGAGGACCGAGAACGAGCGGUGGUGGCGCAAAAGCCGUUAACGCCCGCGUCAUCAAACUCCGCGGACUCAUCUUCAACCCUCUCGACUCCUCAGAUAUCUCUGGCUUCUUUCACUGGCGAUGACCUGCGGUUCUGGCAUCAUUUCCUCGUCGACGCCCGGCCGCAUCUGCCUUUCGGCGACGAGGACUCCUGGCUAUCCACGAUACCCGCCUUUGCUCACGAUUGCCCCCAUCUCCUCCACGCCAUGCUCUCCCUCGGCGCCUCCUACAGCGCCCUAGUCUCCCCCUCCGGCAAAGACCACUACUCCUCCGCCAUCGCCCACCGCAGCCAGGCCCUGCAAUCCCUCAGCGCAACCAUCGCCAAAGGCGCCGACGCCACAGUCCUCGAAAUGGACGGCGCCCUCGCAACCUGCUACACGCUCACCUUCCAAGCGCACUGCAUGAGCGACGGCAUCGUCGACUUCGCCGUCAUGGUGCGCGGCUGCGGCCUCGUCACGGACUGGUACUUCACGCAGCCCGAGACGCGCGAGAGCAAGCUCUUCAAGAAUGUCAAGUCGCCGCAGCACAUGGGCGAGAUGAUCACGGGCUGGCUUCCAAAGGGUGUGUAUCCGCUAUGUGAGGCCGAGAAGAUCGACGUCUGUAUUGCUGCGCUGGAUCGGCUGAGGCCGUUGAUUGAUAGCGAGGCGCAGGGGUGUGUUUAUAGUGCUUUGCGUCAGGCUUAUGCGGCUUUAUUGAUAUCGCAUCGGCAUGCGUUUAUGCAGCUGGUUGUUAUAUAUGCGGAGUGGGCGCGGAUGGAUAAUGUUGCGUUUCUGCAGUUCAUUGCCCCUGGGAACCAUGUCUCGCGUGCGUUGUUUAUGCACUAUAUCGUUCUGGACUCGUUUAUGAGGCCUGUUUAUGCGGAGUUGAUGAAGAGGCGUAAUGUUGGGGCUGGUGGUGGCCAUUUUCUAAUUUAUCGUUGGGCGGAUGCGAUCUAUACAGGCUUGCCUGGGGAUAUGCGGGAGUUGGUGGAGGAGCCGCUGGGGUAUUUGGCGAUGGAUAUGUUGCCGGAGGUUGAGAGGCAUAGAGGGAGGUAUCCGCAGUGGGAGAGGGAGCUUAGGGGGUUGGCGGAGUGGCUGCGUGGGAGGUUUUCACAGGAUGUACUAGAAAUGUAUAAUAUAUAG